GUUCCUGCUUUGAAUGGUUGCGAGUGCCAUGGAUGGUUUGAGAGGUGUUGUUGCCGCAGUUGCCGCGGUUGUGUGUGCUGUAUGCAUUUCUUUAGCUACCAGCUCGACCUCUUCGAAGUACAACAUUCUGACUAUUACGAAUGUCAACUUUGAUGACAUGCUUGGUGACCCUCGAUAUGAGCAAUGGUUUCGUGACAACCUUCGUUGUGACCAACGAGCGUUCUGUAAGAUAGUUGUGUGGCUUCGCCGUCGAUUGCCAAAGUACUCCCGACGUCGUUCGGUCCACUCGUUUGAAAAAAAAGUUGCUGUCUUUCUCUAUUUUUUGGGUUCUGAGGGAGGGUAUCGUGAAACCGCUGGUGCAUUUGGUAUGGCUAGGUCGUGGUGCGUGAAUGUGGUUUCGACUUUCGUCAAUGUUGUCUCCUCUAAUGCAAACAAAUGGAUUCAUUUUCCUAUGGACUCUCGUGCAUAGCAUCGUGUCGAACGUGGAUUUUAUAAAGUUCAAAGAAUUCCUGGUGUUGUUGGAGCUGUUGAUGGCACUCUGAUUGAUAUACAGCGACCAUUGGAGUAUGAUGGAUUUUACAAUCGAAAUGGUGAUCCCUCAUUGAAUGUGCAAGCGAUUGUUGAUUCGCGAAUGGUAUUGAUGUCUGUGGAUAUUCGUCCCGGUUCAUUUUACGACAAAAAGAUUUGGAAAGUAUCUGUAGUUGGUCAGACUAUUCGACGACUUGUGCCGGCUGGAUGUUUUCUGCUUGGUGAUUCUGGAUACACGUUGCUUCCUUGGCUGUUAUUCCCAUUUUUGCCGCAUGAGGAAGGUGGAGUGUUGACAAAAGUUCAAAAACAUUUCAAUUUUAGAUUGUCAAGUACUCGUAUGGUUGUUGAAUGUGCUUUUGGCCGUUUGAAAGAACGAUUUAGAAUUCUGAAAACAGUGAUGAAUCAAAAAUCUCUCGAACAAACUGUUGCGGUCACUACAGUGAGUUGCAGCUAAACUCGGUCAGGUGCACUAUUCAAAUAUAAUAUAAAUUCCAAAUGUGCCGAAGUAGAAUUUCCUCGUUUGAUUGGC